UGUAGUAUGUAGUUUUGGUUUUCCAAAUUACAGUUGUUAAAUAGCGCUUCGCCUUCUUCACCUUUGUUGCGUAAUGGACAAAUACUUUCAAUUCUUGGCACAUCACAACAAUGCACAAAACGCAACAAACGGAAAUGGAAGACGUCGAGAACGUUCUGAGCAGGACGACAUAAGUCGGCUCAAUUUUGGUAUUAAUGCUUUAUUUUUUGAAGCUAUCCGAUAUAACGAAAAUGUGAAUUUGCUGACUAAAGUAAAAGCUUUGAAACAAAAAGUAUUUACGGCAUACGAAAAGGGCCAUAUAUUUUACCUGAACGGACGUGAAAGCUGGCCGAUACGCGAAGAGCUACUCAAACGGGGCUGGAUUGAAAAACAAUCACCGGACAGUCCGAUCAGAAGAAACGAUUUAUCUAACAAACUACUUUUAGAAAGAGCGUGCCCAUGUAAUGAUUGUGAACAAUAUCUGCUGGCUAGAAUUGUUAACGAAACAACACCAUCAUUUGUUUGGUUAACAAUUAAUCAGACAUUUCAAGAAAAUACACGCCCAUACCUUAAUCGUGUAUAUCGUGGGCUGGCUUUAGAUUUCACCUCGAAGAAUGGUCUAAUUGCGUGUUGUCAUAAGGAACGCAAAAGCCGCGAACGUGGGGAUAUGACUAGAAACUAUCCUCGAGCGUAUAGACUAAGUGAUGAGCCUGAUGAGGAAAUGGAAUUUAUGGAAGACUUCCACCAAACACAAUGUCGUGGCCUAUUGCAGUAUAUCUGGAACAAUUUGCACAUGUAUUCAAAAAUUGCCGACGAGCAUAAUGGAUCUAUGCCCAAAUCUGUGAUUACUUUUGCGCUUACAAAUGUUCGAAAACAAGUUUAUGAAAUGGAGUGUUCCGAGUUGGAGAGAGGAGGCUUUGAUGUAAAAUGUGGAGAAAAUCUAAUAGAAAAGGAAAUUUUCUCUCACAAUGCGUGCACAAUAGUAAGUAAUAAAGCAAAACUGAAAAUAUCGCUUGCAGAACUUUCUGAAAAAGCAGAAGAGGGACAAAUCUAUUUAUUUAAAUUGAAGCAAUAUAGGCCCGACUAUAAGUGGGAUGGAUGUCGUAACAUCUGGCUCGUUAAACCUGCUCACCAAUGCCGUGGUAUGGGUAUUGUUGUGACUGGGCAACUAGAGAAAAUACUUCAAUUUUGUAGUUUACAUGAAAGAAAGUAUAUUGUUCAAAAGUAUAUCGAACGCCCAUUUGUUAUAAUGAAUACGAAGUUCGAUAUACGAGCAUAUAUGGUUUUACGUCUUGAUAAAGAUAAGAAUUUGUCUCUUUGGUUUUGCGAUGAGUGCUACAUUCGGUUUAGCUCACAGGAAUUCGAUAUGAAUAAUUUAUGUGAAGCAAUUCAUUUGACGAAUCACGCUGUUCAAGAAAAGUAUUGCAACCAAAAAGGCCGUGACGUUAGUCUCCCAGAAUGUAAUAUGUGGUCUGUGUCAAAAUUUAAAGAUUUUCUUAACAGCCAAAAAAACAUACCUCAAAAUGUAUGGGAUGAUAAAAUAAUGCCUGGUUUUAGAAAAAUUCUGACAUCAAUAGUAAAAUCCAGUAUAUGCGAUCUCACAAUUCGAGAAAACUGUUAUGAAUUAUAUGGGUGUGACUUUAUGUUGGAUAAAACUUUAGAUCCCAUACUAAUUGAAAUCAACUCUACACCAGAUUUAUCACCAUCAACAGAAAUAACACGAAGGGUAUGUCCAAUGGUUUUGGCACACAUGAUAAAAGUUGUUGUUGAUUUAUCUGAAGAUCCUGAAGCUGAUACGGGACUUUUUAAAAAGCUAUUCGAAGUUCCCUUUACUAUAAUUAAACGAGAAACUGAAUCACACAAUCCAAAAGUUUCACAUAUGGCUCUGAAGAGAUUCGCAAUGAAGUUUUGAUUAAAAAACUAAAUUUAAGUCAAUAGCAGAAUUAUUAAAAUUACUAAAACUUCGAUAGUGAAUCACAGACCAUAUUUCCAUCACUAAUCAAAACAACAGGACGAAAUGUAUUGCAUUUUAAAACAUUUGCGAAACAAAUUUAAGAUAACCGAUAAGUGAAGAAACCGCUUCUUUUAUUUUGUAUGGAACACUAUGAAGUCGUUAAACAAUUUCCAGUCAAUCGGGAAUAUAAGAAUAUUUUAAGAACCACACAUUCAGUCAUUUUUUGCAGUGUAAUAGCUUCAUAUAAUUUGCCCAAACUUGUCAACCAAACAACCAUUUAGUAACUUCCGAGGGAACUAUAAUUCAUUCAUUUGUAAGAGGAAUAAAAGAAGAUAGAUGUAUUAUUAUAAUUUUAAGUAAACACAUUAACGUAAUACUUGGCCUAGAUAAUACUAAAUGCUUACGCAGUAUACGCUCAUCGGAUCGAUAUAAUGUACAGCAAAUAGUACGUGUGAUAACUACUGAAACCAUCUAUCAGUUGCGAAGAUGAAGCCUACGCAAGACAGUGACUAAUAAUAAUAACUGAAUUCCUUUUUAAUUCAUACUUCAAGUUCCGCUAGAUUUCAGUGACUGUAAGCGUUUCUUGGUUACUUAGCUUAAAGCCAACCAACGAUUACUAUAAACAUGAAGAAAUGUGGAGUCUGUGAUUGUUAGGAAAAAUCGUACUUACUCACUGAUGAAAUUUGUACAAUGAAACAGCUUUACUGAAGUUUAUAUGCAACACAAAACUGUCACAAAAGGAAUAAUCCAACUUGUCGUCUUCAUCAUUAUAACAACAUUGCUGUACAUUACCGGCAUCUUCCAUAGUUGCAGUUAACCUAAUCGUCCUAUUAAAAUCAAGUGAUUGUGCCCUGAAAUAAAAUACUUUGAAUAACACCAUUUGGAAUUUUGAAACAAAAAAUCGAUACUACCUUAGUAUAUAGUAUAAUUUAAGUAAUCAGAAUAACUUUUUCUAUGUUUCAAAAACCAAAACAUAGAAAGUAUUUGUCCAA